AAUUUGACGGUGCAAUGGGUGUUUGCGGAAACCCGAUAGCUCCGCCUUAACCUGGCCGGAGUCCCGUGUAACCGAGCGACAGCAGUCUAUGAACAGUGAAGCGGAAUAAGCAGCCAAGUUUUCUGGCGGUCAGAAGAAGAGUAGCGUCACAACGCUAUGGACAAAUUAAAGAAAGUGCUGAAUGGCCAGGAUGGCGGCGAUGACAGGAAUGUGCUCGAGGAGGCUGUGGAUGCAAGUUCCCUCAGCUGGGGUACACGUGUGAAAGGCUUCAUUGCAUGUUUUGCAAUUGGAGUUUUGUGCUCUAUACUGGGCGUCUGUUUGCUUUGGGUACCCAGAAGUGGAAUUGCAUUAUUUGCAAUAUUUUAUACCCUUGGAAAUCUCACAUCUGUUGCAAGUACCUUGUUCCUUAUGGGUCCUAUGAAACAGCUGAAAAGAAUGUUUGAACCAACACGUUUAAUAGCAACUAUAGUUAUGCUGCUGUGCCUUGGAUUAACCCUGUGCGCUGCUUUUUGGUGGAAAAACAAGGGUCUUGCCUUAAUUUUCUGUAUCCUGCAGUUUCUUGCAAUGACUUGGUACAGUCUUUCCUUCAUUCCAUUUGCCAGAGAUGCUGUGAAGAAAUGCUUUUCAGUUUGCCUUUCCUGAAAGCUGCUGUAACCAGAAGAGUUGUGAACGUAGUGUCCUUUGGUAUACUGCUUCAUUAACUGUUGUAUAAUUCUGUAAUCUGAACAAUGCUCACCUUAUUAUGUGCCUGUGGUUCUGGACCACCCAAAAUUUGGGGAACAAAAUGUGUUGUCAGUUCUUAAAGGAAAAAAGACAGAGUAAAAUUAUGUAGUGCCUAAAUGUCGCGGAAAGAAGACUUUUAUCCUCACGUUCCUGGGUCACAAAAACAACAAACCAAAAUUAUGUAGUGCCCAAGUGUUGUGGAAGAAAGCACAUUUUUAUCUCUCAUUCCUAAAUCCAGUGUACUGAUGGUCUAUUCUUUUGCAUACUUUGGAAAAUUCUUCACCUGAAAAUUUUGGCCAGAUAUCACUUCACACUGAUUAUCAUUUUAAAAAUGUGUGUCUGCUUUAAUAUGUCAUAUGUUUGCAUAUGGAGUUGAUAAACAUCCUUUAUGGGUUGAUGGUGACCGUGUAGUGCAUAUUGGAUCCAAACAGUGAUUUUUAAGUGUAGUCAUGGCAUGUACAAAAUAGACUCCUUGGGAAGAAAAGUACAACAAAUUGGCUGACUGGCUGUUUGGGUCUUGCUUAUUAGACAAGAAUUUUAAUGAAAUUUUGUUGAAUUCUGUUCUGAGCUACACAUAAAAAUAUAUUUCCAGGUGUUGCUGUUAAACUCCUUAAAGUUCAUUAAUUAGUAUUGAUAUGAAGUGAAAACAUUUCUGAGCUUGUGUCAGAAGGGAUAUUAAAAGCACAUUUUAUGGUGUUUUUGAAUAUGAAAGUUUACACAUUCAUCUGAACAGGAAAACGUGUAUUACAUUUGUCAGUACUGGAGGGAUGCUGCAGAUUUAUUUUUUCAUUGUUGUCCACCUGUAUUGCUUAUUGUUUAUGCACUGCAUGAGAAAAUUAAGGAUGACACUUGCUUUUCCAGCAA